AUGCUGAGGAAGCUCCGGGCGCCGCUCCCUCGCAUUCCCUGGACGAGGAGCUCAUCGUCCUCGAGCUCCACCUCCUCGAGCUCCUCUUUCGAGCCCCAUGACACUUGGAAAUGGCUGAUCCGGCAGCAAGUCUGGGACACAUUCCGGAUGAAACAGCGCCGAUUUCCAGUGUUUGACGAUCCUCAGGCGGCGGCUGAGAAGGUCCGAAAGCUCCCGGAAUUUCGAGAAGCUCAGUGCCUGUAUGUGAGCCCCGAUGCUCCACAAAGGCCAAUGCGAGCGAUGGUAUUAACAAACCAGAAAAAGCUUCUCGUCUCGCGAUUGCCAAAGGGAUUGUUCACGAUGAUGGAUCCUGUUCACUUGUCCGAUUUCGACACGAUGAAAGCCUUGGAGCAACCAGAGUUUAAGAUGGAUGGCAUCCCGAUUGGACUCGACGCAAGAAUGAGAGUCCAACUCUUGGUCACUGGCUCUGUUGCUGUUGAUCCAAAAACUGGAGCUCGUCUCGGCAAAGGCGAGGGCUACUUUGACAUGGAAUACGCAAUUCUUCGUCAUCUCAACAUUGUCAACGAAUCAACGUUAGUGGUUACUACAGUGCACGAUGACCAGCUUGUGAUUGAUCUUCCGGAAGACAAGCUCCUCAAGUACGAUGUUCCAGUGGAUGUUAUAUGCACCCCAAAGAGGACCAUCUACACCCAGACUAAAAUCCCAAAGCCAAGUGAUGGUAUUCUAUGGGAGUGUGUGCCACGCCAUAUGCUCAGCAAGAUGCCCGUCCUGCGAGAGCUCAAAGACGCAGUCGAGAAGAAGCGAGAGGCCGCUGUGGAAAUGGCUGCAAAGACAGAUCCACCGCUCAUUGCUCCCAUCGAGACUGGACCCGCGAUUUUCAUCAAAAGCCUCAAUCCCACUCUCACGGAGCAGGAGCUCAAGUCACAUUUGGAGCAGCAUGGAUUAGCGGCGGAGGAGCUGUCGCUCUACAGGACUGGAACCGGGAAAAACGUUGCUCGAGCAGUGAUAGCCCAAGGCACGGACGUGGAGAAAUGCGUCACCGCGAUCGACAACACAAAGCUCAAAGGCUGGAUCAUGAGAGCCAGGAGGGAUAAACACACCAAGGAAGAGGAGCCACCUCCAGACCCGGCUAUGGUGGCUCGGCAAGCAGCGGCUCAAAGGAUCCGAGGCACGCGUUUCUUCUAAGCAAGUCGAAGAUAUCUACUUGGAUCGUCGUCCUCGUCAUCGCAGGGAUUCACAGCAGUGUUGCAGUGGUAGAAGACGCGAAAGAAUGGAUGAACUAUCAACGAUACGAGAGCUUCCUUCUUGAUCGUCCUCCUUGGUGGAAGGCGUUUCUUUUCGGCCUUGAUCUUGCUUGGCAGCGUGGUUUUCUUGUCCCAGCCGCUCUCCAUUGGGAAAUUUUUCUAGCACUCUAAUGGGCUCCUCGUCCUUGCUUGGAUUUCUCCUUAGAAAUUUGACACUCUUUUAUACUUCCAAUA